GUUAAAAGCCCAACCCACUGAGGUUUAAUAGCCCAAGGGCCGAAAUCCCGAAGUACACUUUCCACGCAAUCAUUUUCCUUCCUCUCUUCAUCUCCCUCUGGUUUAGUCCAAGGUCGCAAGAAAAGGGAGCGCGCGAGCUUUUGGGGUUUUGCGGAAGAAGAGUAGCGAUGGCGACAUCAAGGGUUUUUGGAAGAUGCAGGGUCACUGAUGGCGGCAGCGAAGACUUCUAGCGCAAGUGCCCCUAAUCCAAAACCCAAAACUCACAUUCUGAAGCCGACUCCCGUCUCUCCACAACUCAGCCAAUUCCUGGGGACCUCCGAAGCCUCUCGUACCGAAGCCAUUAAAAAGAUAUGGGAUUACGUAAAGCUUCAUAAUCCGCUGGUCUUUAACCCUUCUCGGGAUUUCCUUUUUGAUCUUUAUUGAUUUCAUUUCGUAGUAGUUAUAUUUUCCUAACAUGGGUAGAAGAAGAUUACAGUAGCAGUUCUUUCUUUAUAAUGUAAAUCUAUGUAUUGACUGUAAAACAUUGGUAUUAGUUGUUAUUUACUAGUUUCUUGGCUUCUUUUUUUGUAAUUGUGUGACAUGCUAAGCUUUCUUAAUGUGGGCAGUUACUGCAUGAGAUGGGGUUUAAUGUCCUCUACAAAGUUAAGGGAAUCUGCAUGGAAGAGUCUCUACAUUCAGCGUGAUGGGGAGGACUUGAUUGAACUUGUUAGAAACUGCCCACCUGAGUUCAAAGAGUACUACAUUCAAAUGCAAGCAGCAAAAAGGAGCCAAGCACCUCUUCCAUCACAGGUGAAAGAUGAUCGGAUAUUUCUCGACAAGACAGUUGCUGAUCAAGUAUCUCUGUGGAAGAGCAGUCAUGGCCUAACCGAUAAGGUGUUCACUGGUCAUGCUUGUUCAGGAGAAACCUGUUCCUACCACCAAAUUGGAAAUGUAUUUGUUUGUGAGAAGACUGGGCAUGUCCAUGUGUGUGAUGAUACUUGCAGAGAAGUGAUUUUAGACCCAACCAAUGAGCUUUUGGUUUGCACAAUAUCCGGUCAUUGUUUUGACAGGUUGCUGUCACCAUCUGAAAUGGAAUUGGAUUCGGAGCAGCAGCAAGGUGGUGGCACUGAUGAAGCAGAACCAUUCAUGGGUUCUGGCCGCUUUGCACGAGCUUACUUAUUGGGAUACAAUUGCGCGGAUGAGAAGGAGCUUAAAGCUGCUUUGAGGUUCUGCUGAUACAAAUCCAAAUCCUGGUUGAAUAUGUUGAUCGCAUGUUGGCUGUAGUAAUAUUUUAAGUUAUUAUAUUAUCAGAACACAAGAGUUUUGUUUGACC